UUGUUUAUGGUCCUUUGAGACUGGUUAUUUUGGGAUGCGUUUGUUAUCAAGCAGUAAUGUAAAUGUAAGGGUAUCUCUGACAACUUACUUCAAAACGUGGACAUUCAUCUUGUAAAAUCUUUCAUGUUGUUUGUCGUGAAUGAGCAAUAAGACAAUUGAGUUCUUUUUAUGUCUUAUUUUAAAUAAUAUUAUUUUUAUUUUGUUUCUGAAAAGCUGAGAGUGAAAUGUUAUCUUCAUACUGCAACUCAAAUCCAGAAGUCCCGUAUUACAGUGCUUUGAAAAAGAAAAAUUCAUUGGAUAUGCUAUCCCAAACUUAAGUGGAACGUCCUCAGCACAGCAUGAGAACAGGACAUCUGGGGACAAGAAGUUAGACAUUUUCUGGAAUACUAGGACGCUGCAGACGAGUGACUUGAGACUCAAGAGUUUUCUCUGUUUUGCUUCUAUGUUGAGGUCUUCUAUUUUUAAUAUUGAGUUCACAGCGUCUAAAAUUUGAAUACUUCGAUUAAAAGUUUAUAUUAAUGGCUCUUCUAAUCAAGAGGCUGAAAUUUAAUCUAGUUGGGAUAGCCACAUCUCUCUCUCAUUCAAAGCGUGUGACAGUUAUUGGAGAAUGCAGUGGAAGGCAGCUGCAGCGUACCAAACAAUCAAUCUUCACGUUCCUAAGAGUUUAGUCCCAUCUGAAAGAUUCAUUUGUUCCGAGAAAUUCCCUCUUGGGCUUGAGUGUGCGUAUAUGUUUGAGACGACUUCAUCCGAAAAACUGUAUUCCUCCAUGUGUCAGUUUAUGCAAAGUUUAAAGCCUCCUUUUCAGUUUACUGUAGGUAUGAUAAGAGCUAGAGCUUUUGAUGUCUUCCUUAACCAGCUCUAAUGCACAGGGGACAUGAUGGCAGCCCUUCAUAUUGCUCUUAGGAACCCUCCAAUCAACAGCAAGAACCCAGCAAUAAAGGAAAGAGCUCAGGCUGCGGUAUUAAGGGUUCUGACAUCAUUUAAGAGCAGCGAUAUAGAGCCUGCUGUUAAAUCUCUCGACAAGAAUGGAGUCGAUCUCCUCAUGAAGUACAUCUACAAAGGCUUUGAGAGGCCCACAGAAAAUAGCAGUGCCAUAUUGCUGCAGUGGCAUGAAAAGGCAUUUGCCAUUGGAGGACUAGGCUCUAUUGUUCGAGUUAUGACAGCCAGGAAGACUGUAUGACUACCUGACCGGACCUGAAACAGUGACGCUAAGAGACGCCGAGGACACAAGGCAGAUUUGCCUGUUACUUAAAGGAAAGAAGAAAAGACCAUCGUUUUGAAUGCUACUGUCUUGAUGAAGAAAAAACCUAUGAACUGUAAACGGUAGAGAAACACCGAAGCACUCGUUUCAAACGGAAAAAAAUUUGCUUGUGUAAAAGUGAAGUACCGUUCUAAUGUCAGUAUAUCAUAAAUUAUUCUGAUAUACUGGCAUCAGAAAGAUUUCAAUCCGACAUGGUUUUGAGUGGGAAAAAUUGUACUGUGGAAGACAAAACUAUUCAGCUGUGUGUGACAUGGUGAAUACAGCAUACUGCAUAUUUAAGAUCGAGUGAGUGCGAGCAGCAAAAGUGAGCUAGUACAUAUGAGGUUGUUAUUGGAUAUGAGGUGUUUUCUGUGCUAAAAAAAUUUAUUUAAUCAAUGUUUUAUUUUCUUAUUUUAUUUCACAUCUUUGGUCCCAUACUCUUUUGUUAUGUUUUUGUGCAGAGAUUUAAUAAUGGAACCAGUGAUGUACACCAAAGUGGUAGAGUGGGGAUCAUCAUAAAGUGCCUGCUACAAUAAAGUAAAUGGAUCUCCUUUA